AUGGGCCAUUUUGAUUGGCUGCGAACGAAGGUUAAGUGCCUGAGUGCACGGCUGCGCUAUCAUGCCUUAUCACCUCUUCUCCUCCUUCUGUUACUGCUGCUGCUGCUGCUAUUUAUGAUACAGCAGCGCUGUAACGCUGGCACCGUUAGCACCAUGCUCUCCCCAUACCAAGAGACGUUUUAUGAUGAGAUACUACUGAAAGACGUCUGCCCAGAUCUCAGUCAAAUACAGAAGGAAAGUGCACUUGUUGAUCUGACUCUCAAGACGCAAGGUGGUCUGCCUAUCAAAGUGCAUCGUGUUGUUUUUGCGGCUCGUUUGCCAAAACUGCAAGACUUUAUUUGCAGUUCCACCGACUCAACCCUUGAUUGGUCUCGCUUCCCACAGAGCUCGGUGGAAGCAUUGACCGAGUACGUUUACACAGGCCGACUGGAGGUUUCCACGAGGACGGUGCAGCCAAUAUACCUUCUGGCCGCCUCUGUGGAAUUGGAGCAUGUGCGUCGUUGGUGUGGGCAGUUUAUGAUUCAACGGUGA